CAUGUCAAAGAACCAGGAAUGAUAAGAACGGAGAAUGCUGCCCUGAGAGUGCAUGGGGCAUGCACGAAAUCCUGAAGCUGGAGAUGGACAAGCAGUUGGCAGAGUAAGGAUAGGUCAACCAAGCCACACACCAACACCAGGGGAUGUGAGCCCUGAGCUAAUGUUCGAUUCCCGGCGAAGCAGAGUUGGGCUGGGUCUGAAAGGUGGAAACCAGCAGUUGGAAGAACCUGUAGAAGAGAGGCACGCAAGAGCAGAGAAACACUGGCCCUUGUGGUCAGCAAACUCUGGCUUUUUCAAAUCUAUAUUUCCAGCCUGGACUCUUCUAAAUUCCAGACCUUGUGUCUGAUCUUCCUGUUGGAAAAUAUGUGAGAGCCACCAUGUCUGAAGCUACCUGUGUCAUCUUCCUCCUCCUACCCUUUCCGGCUACCUUAUCUCUCUUGAAGUACACAACCAGUCUGCCCGUCACCUACUAGAAACUUCAGUCGUCUCUCCUCUUUAAGCCUUCACAGACAUCGGUCACAGAGACGAUCAAUAUGUGUCAGAAGAAUUGGAUACAAAACUUUCUCUCAACAGAAGAUCAGAAAAAGUGGAAGAUACCUCAGAAGAAUGUGAAAAUAUUUCCUCUUUGGUUGCAUUUGAAAAUCUCAAGGCAAAUGUAACUGAUAUAAUGUUAACCUUGCUAGUGGAGAACAUAAGUGGCCUGUCCAAUGCUGAUUUUCAAGUGGAAGUAAUACGAGAUUUUGAUGUUGCUGUAGUUACCUUUCAAAAAUGUAUAGAUGCUGUGAAAUUUGUUGAUGAUUGUGCCAGGCACCAUUCAGUGAAACAACUUCAACUUUCUCCACGACUUCUGGAAGUGACAAAAACAAUCAGGGUUGAAAACCUGCCACCUGGGGCUGAUGACUAUAAUUUGAAAUGCUUAUUUGAAAAUCCUCUAUAUGGAGGAGGAAGAAUUGCCAGGAUUCAAUGUUUGCCUGAAGAGAGUUCAGCUCUGAUUGAGUUUUUUGACAAAAAAGUGUUACACACCAUCACGACCAAGAAACUUGACCUCAGUAAUAUGCCGCUCUCUGUGUUUCCGUACUAUGCCUCUUUGGGCACGGCCUUGUACGGAAAGGAAAAACCUCUGAUUAAGCUUCCAGCACCAUUCAGAGAAUCGUUAGAUCUUCCCUUAUGGAGAUUCUUGAAGAAAAAGCACCAUCUGAUGGAUGAGAUAAAUGAAGAAGUGAGGCGUUGUCACUCUGAACUAAUGUGGUCCGAACUCAGUGGUGAAGUUACCAUCAGACCUGCAACCACAUUAUUCAGUCUAGGUAGACUAAGGAUCAGGACUUGGCGGAAAGAUGUUUCCACAGCAUUCUCUAGCAUCAGGUCUAAAUAUAAAGUCACCCCAUUGAAAGUGGAUCCCAUAGUGUGGGACACCAUAAAAAAUAGUUUAGAAGACGACAGGAUUUUGACUGAAUUUGAUACACUUAUGGGGGUUGUAACCCUAGUGGGGAAAUCAGAGGAUGUACAGAAUAUUGAGCCACAAAUCAAGGAAUUAAUAGAAAGUACAAUUCAAAAAAUUAAAAAAGAAGAGCAAAGUGUAAAGGAAAAAGUGGCCAUUGCUCCAGGAAGGUAUUCUCUUUUGUGUCACAGUGGCAUCCUGGAGCGUCUCCACACUGAGUGCCCAGAGAUGGAGAUGUCUUAUGAUGAAGCUUCUCAACACAUGAGCUUCAAAGGACUCCGCACAGAUGUGUAUAAAGCAAAGUGUGAAAUACAGAAAAAGAUGUACACCAUGGCUCAAAAAAACAUCCAGCUUCCCCCCGAGAUUUUUCAAUUUUUGCAAAAAGUAGACUGUACAGAAUUCUCUAAGUCUCUUUUUAUAGCACAGAAAAUUCUUGCUGUUUAUGAGCUAGAGGGUACAGCUGUUCUUCUAACCAGCUAUUUCUCUGAAGUCCUAUUAGAUGCUGAAAAGCAAAUGGUCAGUGCCUUAAGUUCUAAGCGCAUAGACAUUGAGGACAAGGACAUUCUUAAUGGCAAGAAAUGGAAAGGGCUCACUCGCAGAUUGCAUAAGAAACAUAAUUCCUCGUCAAAGACUGUAAUAAUCGAUGAGUUAACUUCAGGAACCAAAGCUGAGGUUAUCAUUGCAGGCUGUGUGAGAGAAGUGAAUGAAACCUAUAGCUUGCUUUUUGACUUUGUGGAAGAACACACGAAAAUAGAGAGAUUGGUUGAAAUAGAGCCUUCCAUAAUCAUUGAUUAUUUGAAGACAGAAAAAAAGCCAUUCUGGCAAAAGAUAAAGAAGACAAAUGUUCAAGUAAUUUUCAAUGCUGAGAAUAAAAAAAAAGGCAUUUUACUAAUUGGCCCAAAGGCUAAAGUCCUGGACAGCAUGCACAUCAUCAAGCAAGCCUGGGAAUCCAUCUGUGUUGAAAGCAUCCAUAUUGAUAAGCCAGGAGUCAGCCAGUUCUUCCAGGAGAAAGCACAGUAUUAUAAAAGUGAAGUCAAACGGUUAUUUGGAUGUUUCAUUGAACUACAGGAGAACGGAGGGAAGAAGGAGGGAGGUGGCACUGACGGACAGAAGUGCUCUUCUCGGGCAGAGCUGGCCCCUGGAGUCUCUCUGAUUGUGCAACAGGGCGACUUGACACAGUUUCCUGUGGAAGUGGUGGUGAGCACUGCAAAUGAGGACCUGAAGCUCUCUGGCGGCCUAGCGGCUGCUCUUUCUAAAGCAGCUGGCCCUGAGCUCCAAGCAGACUGUGACCAGAUAGCGAAGAAGAUGGGCAAGAUCCCCCCUGGCCGUGCCGUCAUCUCCAAAGCAGGAAAGCUCCCAUACCGGCAUGUGAUUCAUGCCGUGGGGCCCAAGUGGAAGGGAGAUGAGGCCCUGAAGUGUGUGCUCCAGUUAAAGAAAGCUAUAGAAGAAAGUCUCCAUUUGGCUGCAAAAUACAAGUACCGAUCCAUAGCCAUCCCUGCUAUCAGCUCUGGAGUCUUUGGCUUUCCCUUAGCCCGGUGUGUGAAGACUAUUGUUUUGGCUAUCAAGAAAAACUUCCAGCUUAACCAGGAUGGAAAUACCUUGAAAGAGAUUUACCUUGUGGAUACAGCAGAGAAGGCUGUGGAGGCCUUUGCAGAGACAGUGAAAACUGUAUUUGAAGACUCCCUGUCUGUUGCCGCUUCGCUGCCCAGUUUACCCACAGCAGUCCAGCCCAGCUUGGUAACAGUUCAUGGAAACGGACAAAUGUCAUUGUCCCAGGGAAAUCUGAGGCUCCUGCUGGUGAAAGGGGAUGUGCAGAGUGCUACGGCUGAUGUUCUUGUCAACUCCAUUCCCAUGGAUCUUGAGCUUAAUAGAGGGCCCCUUUCUCAGGCCCUCCUGGCAAAAGCUGGGCCAAAGCUCCAGGAGGAAUUGAACAUUGUCGGACAAAUGGCAAUUGUUGGCAUGGGCACAGUUCUCCAAACCAGCGGACACAGUCUGCACUGCCGCCGUGUGCUUCACGUGGUGGCUCCGAACUGGAGAGAUGACAGCACAUCUUCAUACAAGAUCAUGGGAGACAUAAUCAGAAAAUGUUUGGAAAUCACUGAGAGCUUAUCCUUGAAAUCAAUUGCAUUUCCAGCCAUAGGAACAGGAAAUUUGGGGUUUCCUAAAACCAUUUUUGCUGAAUUAAUCAUUUCAGAAGUGUUAAAAUUUAGUAGCAAGACUCAACUGACAACUUUACAAGAGGUUUACUUUCUGCUGCACCCGAGUGAUCAUGGAAAUAUUCAGGCAUUUUCAGAUGAAUUCGCCAGAAGGACUAAUGGAAAUUUCGUCAGUGACAAAAUUCCCAAGGCUGAAGAUAAACAAGUUUUCUAUGGGACUGGGUUUAGCCCAGAUGUAGGAAUGCAUGAAAUGAUGAUUGGUCCCAUCAUCUUCCAAGUGGCCUUUGGAGAUAUCACCAAAGAAGAGGCAGAUAUGAUUGUAAACUCAACAUCAAAGACAUUUAAUCUCAAAGCAGGCGUGUCCAAAGCAAUUUUAGAAUGUGCUGGACAAAAUGUGGAAAUGGAAUGUUCUCGCCAAGUUCAAAAGGGCAACAGUGAUUAUAUAAUUACCGAAGGUGGAUUAUUAAGGUGCAAAAAUAUUGUUCACGUUAUUGGUGGAAACGAUGUCAAGAGAUCAAUCUCCUAUGUUUUGCAAGAGUGUGAAAAACGGAAUUACUCGUCCAUUUGCCUCCCAGCCAUUGGGACAGGAAAUGCCAAACAAGACCCAGGUAUGGUUGCUGAUGCCAUCAUUGAUGCCAUUGAAGACUUUAUCCAAAAAGGAUUUGUCUGGUCUGUGAAAAAAGUUAAAGUUGUUAUCUUUAUGCCUCACCUACUGGACGUGUUUUGGGCCAGCAUGAAAAAAAGAGAACCAUCUCUGACUUCUCCCCAACAGUCUCUGCCGUCUAAAUUAACAUCAUUUAUGGGAUCCUCGAGUCAAUCUCCCCAAAAGCAGAAUCCUUUGGUUUUGAAAAAGAAAACAGAAUCAGCAAGUUUUCAGGUGUGUGGUGAAAAUGUAAAAUGUGUGGAAAACGCUCUCACCUGGAUACAGGAUCUGAUUACAAAGGAACUGUGUCCUUACACCAAUGAAGAUGAGUGUAUCAAAGAUUUUAAUGAAAAAGAAUAUCAGAAAUUGAAUGAGCUGCAGGAGAACUUAAAUAUUGCCAUUUGCUUGGACAGUAAAAGACCUCUGAUUGAAGUUUUUGGGAUUGGCAAAGAUUUGACAGAGGCUAGAAAUGCAAUUGAGGAAAUGAUCAAGAGAAUUAGAUUGGCCAAAGAACAGAAAUCCCAGGCAGAUUUUAUUAGUGAAUUUGUAGAAUGGCAAUAUUAUGACAAAGACACUUUUCAUAGUUUUAAGAAAAUAAUCAAUCUGCAAUUGGAGAAUGCAAGGAAGGCAAAAAAAAGGAUAGCUGUUGUCAAAGUUAAUCACCAGACCUACACCGUGGACCUGUGCAAGUACAGUGCUAUAGAUGCAGGAGGACGCAGUUUACCUGUUCGGCGCCUCAUGAAAUCUGAAGUUGGGAUCCCUGAGCACUGGAGUGAUAUGAAACAGCAGGAUGUCUGUGUGGUUGAGCUACAGCCUGGUCAUGCAGAAUAUGACACGGUGGCAAGCAAGUUUAAUCAGACCUGCUCGCACUUCUACAUAGAGAAGAUUGAGAGGAUCCAGAAUCCAGAUCUUUGGAAUAGCUAUCAAACAAAGAAAAAAGCCAUGGAUGCCAAGUAUGGACAUAAAAACAAUGAGAAGCAGCUCUUCCAUGGGACAGAUGUUGACUCAGUGCCACAUGUCAACCGAAAUGGCUUUAACCGCAGUUACGCUGGGAAAAACGCUGUGGCAUAUGGAAAGGGAACCUAUUUUGCCGUCAAUGCCCGUUAUUCUGCCAGCGAUACAUACUCCAGACCAGACAAAAAUGGGAAAAAGCAUAUGUACUAUGUGCGAGUACUUACUGGAACCUACACACGUGGAAAUCAGUCACUGAUUGUGCCUCCACCAAAGAGCCCUGACAACCCUACUGAUCUGUAUGACACUGUCACAGACUGUGUGCAUAAUCCGGGUUUAUUUGUGGUAUUUUAUGACUACCAGGCUUACCCAGAGUACCUCAUUACUUUUACAUAUUAACAUCUUGGUAUCCUUCCCAGAAGACAUUGCUCAUCUAUACAUACUGUGUUGUAAAACAAGUUCAGAUUUUUUCCCCCCUCUUAACAGCAUUUUCUAAGAUCAAAGGAUACUUAUCACUGAAAUCAGACUUUCUUCAGCUUCUCCUUCAUAACUGGAAUGUACCUCUCUUGAGAGCAAUAAAUUUGAGAAUUUAAAUCAGAUAACUUAGUUGCAACUGUUUGUCCACAACUGUGGACAUCAAAUCUGUAGAAGGAAAGAACAUAUUUGUAUUUUCAGGAAGGAGAGAAUAACGUUCAUCUUAUAAUCUGAUUUUUUUUUUUUAAUGUUUAUUUCUGAGAGAGAGACAGCGUGUAAGCGGGGGAGGGACAGAGAGAGAGGAAGACACAGAAUCUGAAGCAGGCUGCAGGCUCUGAGCUGACAGCACAGAGUCUGGCGUGGGGCUCGAACUCAUAGACUGUGAGAUCAUGACCUGAGCCGAAGUCGGACGCCCAACCAACUGACCCACCCAGGCACCUCAGAAUAAUGUUCAUCUUAAAGUCAGAGGGCACAGCCAUGCAAUUUCAGCUGCUGCUGAAGGAGACAGCUGGUAUCACAUUGGGAUGCCAUAUUCCUUGAGGAGCACAAUAUUACUGAGCACAAUAUUACUGUAGGAUUGCUGAUUUCCCUGAGGACAGGGAUGGUGUCUAACUCAUUUUGUUUUUUUUAAUCCCUGGGCUGAGGUUUGUGCCUUAUGUAAACAGAAGCUCUAGAAACGUUUUAUAAACCAACUAAGAAAGAGAAAGCAUAGUCAGACUCCAACCCAAAGUAGGAGCCAUCUCUUUUACAUCCUAGACUUUGCCUUAAAUUGAAGAUUGUACGACAGGGAAUAGAACCAUGACAGGUGGGACAGCUCCAGUCAGGCUUCUGGAAUCACAGUGCAGAUGUGCCCCACAUGGUUCAGGGGCUGUGGUCUAGUUUGUGGCCCAAGGGAGUUGUGUCCCACCCACUUGUGCAGCACAGCAACCCUGGCUCAGACUGGUCCAUUUGUAUGUUGACCCCAAAUCUGCCUUCAUCUAUCUUCUGUUGGUCUUAGUUCUGCCCAGUGACAACAGUGAGAUAAGCCUGCCACACUGUCAGCGUGAAACCCUUCUACUAUGUUAAGAUUAAGUGUGUUCUAAUGUUAUUAAAUAGCAUAUUUUCUUUAUGCACUCAAUUUUGAUGAUUUUAAAGACUUGUGCAUAAAUAAACCAAAGGAAUCAAGCAGUCAUAUUGCUAAUUUGUUAGCUCAGUAUCUAUUAGAUAGUAAAGUGUUGUGUUUUUUUGUUUUUUUCUCCCCCCCCAGGUAAAUUUUAGAUUCAGACACUAUUCAUUGAGCACCUAGAUUGUACCAGGUAAUAUAAUAAGUGCUUUCACAUAGAGUAUUUAUUGUAUUCUUUCAAACAAUUCUAUGAGGUAAGAAUAUAUCCCCAUUUUAUUAUUUUUUUAAUGUUUAUUUUUAUUUAUUUUUAGAGACAGAGUGUGACUUUGAGGGGUGGGUAGAGAGAGGGAGGGAGAUAGAGAAUCACAAGCAUGCUGUGUGCUGUCAGUGCAGAGACCCAUGCGGGCUCAACCUCACAAACCAUGAGAUCAUGACCUGAGCCAGAAUCAAGAGCUGGAUGCUUAAUGGACUGAGCCACCCAGGAGCUCCCAUAUCCACAUUUUGAAGUUGAGGAAACAUGCUCAGAGUGAAGAAGCUUCCUUGCCUGAGGUCACCUAGGUAGUAGUCCUCAGAGACAGAAACACAAUCUUGGUCCUUGUGUCAUCAAGCCCUUUGCUCUUCCCAUUACAGAAUAUGGUCUCUGAUUAAUGUUACCAUUUCAGAAACAGCUCAGGUUAUCUAUGAAUGACCCUCAUAUUUCCUUGGCUUUUUCCUUCUGCCUUUGAUUUCCACUAUAGUCUCUUCCUUUGAAACUCUGUAGGCCAAGAGACUAGACUGAUGCCAGGGGGUGUCGCUAGGAGGCUAAAGGCACUCUUCCUUGGCUGCUGCGAACUACCUCACUCCAAGUUUGGGAGGCUGAGGGGGCCACAGGUACUGCUUCAUUAAUGGACAUCUUGAAAUUUUUCUUGCUGUUGCUAUUUGUUUUUUAAGUGGUUUGGCAAAGACUCCUUAUUGUUUAGGAUUGGCUUCACAGCCACUGGUGUCUGAACGCAGGCUUGACAAUGAAUGUAAGAAAUAAAAAGGAGAGACCUGCUCUCUGAUUUGCUCUUGUUUUCCACUGGUUUGGUUAACUCAGGGCAAACCUGAGUAUCAGGGUGUAUUGCACCAAAGUGUAAUGAUCCAGUCAGUAAAUGUCAUAGUUAUCCUCAAUCUAAACAAAUGUAUGUCAUUUACCUCCUUUUUGAAUAAAAUAUUUGGAAAAUACA